GGCAGCACGCAGAGGGCAGAGCCCAUGCUCUGAAGGCAGACGUUGCGUGGACCUGCCGCCCUCCAACAGCAGCAAGGGCCGCGUCCGACCCCGGCUCUCGCGCAGGACGGGCCCCGCGGAAGGCGCCCGGGCAGCGGCCAUGGCCAAAGCGGACGACGCCGUGGAGAUGCCGACGCUGGGCCGCCCCUUCCAGCUGGGGAUGCUCUACGACUGCCGCAAGGAGACCCUCAUCCCGGGUAUCACCCUGUGGGACCUGGACACCCUCCGAAAUUACGAGGACGUGAGAUCGCAGAACAAGACGGAGUUUCAGAUCAUCGCGUCGGAUUCCCUGGAGGACAAGUCCUCUGCCCUCGGGGUCAGUUCAUCCCUGAAGGCCAGUUUUCUCUCUGGAUUGGUGGAGGUGAGCGGCUCGGCAGAGUAUCUGAGGGACAGCAGGAGCUCCAAGCGCCAGGCCCGGGUCACCCUCCAGUACUCCACCACGACACAGUUCAAGCAGCUGACGAUGAACCAGCUGGGACGCAAAAACAUCUCUUACCCCGAUGUGUUUGACCAAGGCACAGCCACCCACGUGGUUAUAGCUGUGCUGUACGGGGCACAGGCGUUCUUUGUGUUUGAUCGGGAAGUUUCUGAAAAAGAAGAUAUUCAAGAGAUACAGGGGAGUCUGAAGCUCACCAUUAGUGGCAUACCGACGGUCCAAAUCGAAGGGGAAGGAUCGGUCAAAAUGGAUGAAAAGACAAAAUCGUUCACUGAAAAAUUUAGCUGCCGGUUUCACGGUGACUUUGCUCUCGAGAGCAACCCAGUUACCUACCAAGAUGCCAUGCGAGUUUAUGCCGCCCUCCCCAAGAUGCUGGGAGCAAACGGGGAGAAGGCCGUGCCUGUGAAAGUCUGGCUGUACCCCCUGACCAAGCUGGACUCCAAAGCGGCCCGCCUGGUCCGCGAGAUCAGCUUAGCGCUGGUCUUUGAUGCCCAGUGUGUCUCGGAGCAGCUGGCAGAGCUGGACAUGCGGUGCAACGACCUGCAGAGAAACCCCGUGGCCACCAGCUUCCCCGAGAUCAAGAGGAAACUGCAGCAGUUCAAAGAUCUCUGCAAGCAGCACCGACAGGCUUUCCAAAGGGAGCUGGCCGGGGUCUUACCCUGCAUCCGCGGAGGGGGCAAGGAGGAAGGGGUGCUGGCGGAGAUCUUGAUCAGGAUCGGCAACUCGCCGUUCAACAUUCAGAGACUCAAUGAAUUCCUCAAUGAGAAGGAGCAAGAGAUGAAUUUCAUGAAGGUAUUCAUUGCUGUCCUUACGGAUGCGACUUUGGUGUCCUCACGGAGCGAGCUGCAAAGAAUAGUGCUCGAUCCAACAAGAGACCUUGUCAUGUCCUUCACAUUCACCUCCUUGGAGGAAGAGGAGCCAUAUCUAUUAGAAUUAAACAAGUGGCUCCGUUGCGGCACGUCUCAUGUUAACCCCUCAUCAACGGAUGCGGCUCCUGGGGAGAGAGACCCCAAGCAGUGGUUCGAGAACACAGAGAUAUACACGAAGGUACGAGAGCUGGCAAAAGCCUUCACCGAGUUUGCCACCGCCAACAAACCCGAGGGGAAAACGCAUUUCGUGAUCUCCUCCGUGCCGGACAAGAGCCACCCCGGGGCCACCAUCUACCUCUACGAGGCCGGCGUGCUCGUCAGCAGCGACUUCGAGCCGCCGGCAAAGCCGCUGCCCUGCCAGCCCGAGCCCGUGGGGCACGACAGCGUGCGGCUGGCGCUGCGGCCCAGCGCCUUCGGCCGGGCCGCCGUCUGCGGCUACCGCGUGGAGUACGGCACGGCGGAGGAGCGGGACUGGCGCGCCGUGGAGGCCGGCGGCGACGCCGAGGCGGUCACGGUGACGGGCCUGGCGCCCAACACCCACUACGUCUUCCGCUACGCGGCCCGGAGCCGGGCGGGCUGCGGCCCCAGCAGCCCGGAGAGCUUCCCGGCCAAGACGCUGCCCGCCAGCCCCCCGGGGCGGCCGGCGCGGGCGGGCGAGGAGCCGCACGCGGUGGCCCUGAGCUGGGCGGCGCCGGCGGCCGUGGGGCCGGGCGCCCACGUGGAGGCCUACCGGGUGGAGUACCUGGAGGAGCAGGCGGCGGGCGGCGCGGAGGCGGCGGGCGGCUGGCGGCAGAGGCGCACGGACGGCGCCGCGCCGCGCUGCCGGGUGGAGGGGCUGGAGCCCCAGACGCCCUACCGCUUCCGCGUGGCGGCACUGUGCGGGGCCGCCGGCGAGAGCCGCCCCGGCCCCGAGGCCGCGCUCUGCACCGCCCGGGAGCCGCUGCCGGCCGCCACGCGGGACUGCCUGGGCCGCGGCGCGCCGGUGGCCGGGCGGCAGCCCGCCCUCUACGCCCUGCCGCCGGAUGGGGCGGCGGGCGGCGUCGCCUACCGCCUGGGCGCCCGGGACCCGCCGGCCCCCGGCAAGGUGGUGCUGCUGCUGGGCGCCGCGGGCGCCGGCAAGAGCACGCUGCUGGACGCGGCGCUCAACCACCUGCUGGGCGUGCAGUGGGAGGACGGCUUCCGCUUCACGCUGGGCGCCGAGGCCGCCGGCGGGCGCCCGGGGCAGAGCCGCACUCCGGCGGUGCGGGCCUGCGCGGUCGGCCCCGGGCAGGGCCUCCGGGCGCCCUGCGCCCUCACCCUGGUCGACACGCCGGGGCUGGGCGACGCCCGGGGCGUGCGGCAGGACCGGCUGCUGGCCCGGCAGCUCCACGCGCUGCUCUCCGGCCCGGGGGGCUUCGACCGCGUCGACGCCGUGGGCCUGGUGGUCCCGGCCUCGCCCGCCGGCGGGGCGCACGCCCAGCGCUACGUCUUCGACGCGGCGCUCUCCCUGCUCGGCAAUGACCUGCGGGGCGGCCUCCAGCUGCUGGUCACCUCGGCGCCCGGGCCGGCGCCCCUGGCGCUGGAGGCCGCGCGGGAGGCGGAGCUGCCGGUGCCGCGCGACGCCGACGGCCGCCCCGUGCACUUCCGCUUCGACCUGGCGGGGCUCUUCGCCAGCAACGCCCAGGAGGACGAGGAGGAGCGGAACCGGCGCAAGGCCGCCUGGAAGCGGGCGGCCCGCGGCCUGGCCGCCUGGCUGGAGGCCGUGCUGGCGGCGGAGAGCCGCGACCUGGCGCUCACCAAGGAGGUGCUGGCGGCCCAGGUGCAGCUGGAGGGCUGCGCGCGGGAGCUGCCCGCCCUGGUGCGGGCCGGGCUGGCCAAGCUGCAGGAGAUGCGCCGGGCGGCAAGGGCGCGGUGCGGGGACCCGGGGCGCCCGGGCGCGCGCGUCCCCUGCGAGCCCGGGCAGACGCUCCCCGUGCCGGCGGCCCUCCCGUGCGCGGGCGCCCGCGCCCUCAACUGCCACCACUGCAACUACACGUGCCGCCGCCCCCGCCCCGCGGCGCGGGACGCGGACAAGCUCUGGUGGGCGGCCCUGGGCCCCGGCUCGGGCGCCUGCACCGCCUGCCCGGGCCGGUGCUGCUGGUACGUGCACCUGGUGCAGCCCUACCGCUUCGAGCGCGGGGCCCCCGCCGCGGAGGAGCCGCUGCGCGCGGCCGCGGUGCCCGAGGAGCUGCGCCGGCAGUACGCGGCCCUGGAGGAGGGCGUGCGGGGGCUGGCGAGCGCCGCGCGGGGCAGCCUGCAGCGCCUGCGGCAGCUGGCCCUGCGGCCCGGCCCGCUCUCCUCGGCCAAGCGCCUCGAGCUGCUGCUGCGCGCCGAGGAGCGGGAGCGGCGCCCGGGCCACGAGGAGCGCGCGGAGGCCCUGCGGGAGGAGCACGCCGCCCUCGAGCUGCUGCGCAGGGCGGCCGACGGGGAGGCCCUGCUGCCGCGCCCCGAGGACCUGUUCGAGGGGGCAGACGAGCCGGCAGCCCCCGCGGGGCAGAGCUGA